AUGAGGGUGUUAGAGAUCUUAGUUCUCGUGCCAUUUAUGGCCCAUAAGGCUCUUGGAAUCGCUAUUCCCAGCACAAAAGCCACGGUCGACCAGUAUCCGCACACACAUCAAAGGACAGCACUGCAAGCGGUCAACGGCAAUACCAAAACCAGUUCCUGGCAUCUGCGAAACCAUGCUUUACAGCCUGCCGAGGCACCUUUGACCGGAAUACAUUAUGGCGUUGCCUUUCUAGCAAAUAUUACAUUCGGAACCCAAGAAUUCCCGGUAGUCAUUGACACCGGCAGUUCUGAUACGUGGCUUGUUAAAGCUGGAUUUACUUGUGUCAAUCGGACUACUAAUGCUACUCUACCUGCUUCAACGUGUGGAUUUGGCUCGCGAGGCUACGUCCCAGAUGAUAAUUUCUCUGAAAUCCCCGACGAGAACUUCUACACCAGCUACGGUGACGGCGAAUAUCUUUAUGGAACACUUGGCUUGGAGAGAGUCACAUUCGCCGGAAUUGAGAUUCAGAAUCAAGAAGUUGGCCUUCCUUUGCUUGCUGCUUGGUCUGGUGACGGUCUAUCCUCCGGACUUGCGGGGUUGGCCUAUUCGUCUCUCACCAAUGCAUAUCCCGGAACAAAUUCAUCCAACGACAAAAUUAGUGCUGGCAACGUUACGGGCGACAAUCUGCCUUACUCAGCCAUCAUGAACUCGAUAUUUGUUGACAACCUGGCCCCGCCAAUGUUCAGCCUUGCGCUCUCACGCUCCUCAGCGAACAUAUCCGCAGGCGGUGUGCUUGCGAUUGGAGGGAUCCCACACCCUGACGAUCCUAGUAUCAAUGCGACAGGCUCCUUCGCGAGCUCCAGCAGCCUCGUCUACCAUGGUGUCAAUGCCACUUCCCGCCAAUACAUUGUUGACUCCGGAACCUCCCUUAUGUACGUUCCGACCCAAGAUUCGGAACACAUAAACAGCCUGUUCGACCCUCCAGCCACAGUGGAAGGCGGACUAUAUCUUGUGGAUUGCAACGCCACCGCCCCCUAUGUGGGUGUUCAGAUCGGAGACAAGGUGUUCGAGCUCAAUCCAGAGGACCUGAUCCAAAACCAGCACAUCCCUGGCGGGAUUUGCGUUAGUGGAAUUCAAACGGCCUCCACCAGCCUGCACAUACUCGGUGACACGUUUUUAAACAACGUGUUGGCUGUAUUCGACGUAGGCGCUACCGAAAUGGCUUUCAGUCCCAGGCCUUUUUAUACCAGCAAUCCUUGA